AUCGCAUUCCAUUCACCCCCAUAUGGCCAUAUCCUGCAAUAUUCUAAAACUUCGCCGCAACCAAACGUCUCCACACGCACUAGCGCGGAGCGGCGGCAGCUACCUUUCCUCCAUCACUUCUUCGCCUUCCUCUCCCAAUCAAACCCUAACCCUACGCUUAGCUAGCUAGCUACACGUACCCGCCGCUCUCAAGCUAGACCAGAACCAGACCGAUCGAUCGAUCGGUUUAGCAGGAUGAGCGAGCGAGAUGCGCGUGACGAUGGGAACACCACCGGCCGCAGCGCGCCGGCCGCGGGCAUCGACUCAUUCUCGCAGCUGCCGUUCAUCCGCCCUCUAGCCCGCGAGAAGCAGAAGCAGCAGCCGCCUCCAAGCUCAGGGACAUCGUCCGGCAUCCGGCUGUUCGGCGUCGACGUCCCACCGGACGCUGUCGUCCCUGCCCCGGCCUCCCCCGCCGACGACGUGGAAGAAGAAGAUAGCUUUGUCAACGAGAGCACCGCCAACAACUCCGCUGCCGAGACGGCGGCAGGUGCUGGGGGAGGAGGCAGCGGCGACGGCGACGGAGUCGGAGGGGCCCGGCGGAAGUUCGAGUGCCACUACUGCUGCCGGAACUUCCCCACGUCGCAGGCGCUGGGUGGGCACCAGAACGCGCACAAGCGGGAGCGGCAGCACGCCAAGCGCGCGCAGUUCCAGACCGCCAUGGCCAUGCACCAGCACCGCAGCCAGUACUACUACCCGCACCCGGUCCCGGACCCCGCCCACCUCUACCCCGCCUUCGCGGCUUAUAGACACCACCACCGCUUCGCCGCCGCCACGCCGCCGCCGCACUACCCCUCGUGGGCGGGCGCCACCAGCAGGCACUACAGCAGCGGGCCCGGGUCCAUCUCGCAGCCGAUCGACGGCAGCCCGGUGACGCCGCCGUCCGGGCUGUGGCUGCAGGUCCCCACGGGCGGCGGCAUCCUAGUGGGUGGUGCUCCGUCUCCGUUGGCCGCCGCGCGACGUCAAGAACAGCCCGUGCAACCACUUCCGGUACUCGGAGCUGAGGAACCCGCAGUGGUGGGGCGGGGAGCUGCUGGCUCAGCGCCCUUCUCGCCGUCAACCUCCUCCUCGUCAUCGCCGGCCGCUUCGCCUCAUAAGCGCCCCGCCCCGCCGGAGAAUGUGAGUUUGGAUCUGAGCUUGUAGCCGCGAGAAAUGACGGUCGAUCGUCCGUACGUAAAAUUGCUGGUCUUCCACAAAGCAAAAUUGAGUGCCCUCUUUUUUUUUUUGGCCUCCUGCCGUCCCAUGCUUGCAAUUUUUCAGUUCAGCUUCUAUGUCCAGAGAUAAUUAAGAAAACAAAUGAUCUUUCUCAACUGUUAGUUUAUCUGCGCUUCUGGAACUGUUCAGUUCCUUUUUGAACAAUUCUUUUAAUUAGCUGAAAUUUCGAACGGGAAAAGGGAUUAUUAUUGCUGGUGAAUGGAGUAAUUGACAAUAUUAGAUUC